AUGAAAGUUCUGGUGUGGAAUUGCCAAGGUGUUGGGAGCACCUUGACAAUUCCCCAUCUGAGGGAGGUCUCCAACCUCCUCUCCCCUAAUAUGCUGUUCUUAAGUGAAACAAAAAAUAGAGAAAGGUACAUGAAUACAGUAAGGGAGAAGUUGUUUUUUGAUAAUAGUUGUGUAGUAGAGUCUAUGAAUAGGUCGGGGGGCAUGGCAUUGAUGUGGAAAGAUGAAGUAAAAAUUAUAGAGAUUCUCAAAACUGCUUUUACUAUAGAAGCUCAGGUGGAAGAUUUUGAGACUAAGACAACAUGGUGGUUCAUUGGAAUAUACGCAAGCUGCGAUAAUCUGAUUAGGAAAAGCCAAUGGAAGGUGAUCCAGGAGAGGAAAAGGCUGUGGGGAGGGAAAUGGAUAAUAGCAGGAGACUUCAAUGAUAUCCUCUCAAAUGAGGAAAAAUACAAAGCCAGAGGAGAGGCAGAGGAAAAAAAAAGGUUUUUCUUUGACAGGAGAUGGCUGAAGAAAGAAGGUGUCCAGGAUGUGAUCAGAAAUGCAUGGGACCAAGUUUUUGAGGGAUCAAGAAUGUUCCGGAUCAAGUGCAAAAUCAGAAACUGCAGGAUUGAGUUAUUAAAGUGGAAGAACAACUCCAACUGUAAUGCCAAAAAGAAAAUUGAUCAGCUCAAAUCUCAGCUGGAGAAGCUUCAGUAUAAUACUCAUAUGGAAAGUAGAAGAGAAAUAGUGGACCUGAAAAAUCAAUUGAAGGUGGCGUACAAGGAGGAGGAACUGUUCUGGCACCAGAAAGCAAGAAUUAACUGGAUAAAGGAGGGGGAUAAAAACACUAAAUUCUUUCAUGCUCAUGUGAAGGGAAGGAGGAGGAGGAAUAGAAUGCUGAAUUUACAGAGAGAGGAUGGUUCCUGGACUGAGAAUGAACAGGAGUUGGGUAAGGAAGUUGCAGAUUUCUACAGACAGCUGUUCACUAGCAAGGGGAAUGGUAGUACUGAGGAGAUCCUUAGAGGCAUUCCACCCACCAUUACUGCGAGCAUGAAUGAUCAACUGACUAGAGGUGUGGAUGAAGAAGAAAUCAGAUCCGCUCUUUUUUCUAUGUCUCCUGACACUGCACCUGGUAUGGAUGGUAUGUCACCCAUUUUUUUCCAGAAAUUCUGGUGUAUUGUCAAAUAUGAUGUUAUCCAGGCUGUGCAAAGUUUUUUUCAUUCCAAUUCCUUGCCUAGAGCUCUGAAUCAUACUUUAAUCUCCCUUAUACCCAAAGUUAAAGAUCCUGUAAACCUGAAGCAUUAUAGGCCUAUUAGCUUGUGUAACGUUUUAUAUAAAGUGAUUUCCAAAAUAUUAGCUAAUAGGCUAAAAGGGGUGCUAAAUUUUUGCAUCAGUAAAACCCAAUCUGCUUUCAUUCCCGGUAGGCAAAUCUUAGACAAUGUCAUCAUAGCCCAUGAAUACUUGCAUUUUCUGAAAAACAAAAGAUAUGGGAAGGAGGGAUACAUGGCUGUUAAGCUAGACAUGUCUAAAGCUUACGAUAGAGUGGAGUGGAAAUUUUUGAGGGACAUAAUGCAAAAAAUGGGCUUUAGCAGUAGAUGGAUUAGAUGGAUCAUGAAAUGUGUUGAAUCUGUCUGUUACUCAUUCAAUAUAAAUGGUGAGGUGAAAGAGUUUGUUGUACCAGAAAGAGGCAUAAGACAGGGUGACCCCCUUUCUCCAUACCUCUUCCUACUGUGCUCAGAAGGAUUCUCAAACCUGCUGGACAGUGCUGAAGAGAACAAGCAGUUUACUGGGCUCAAAAUCAGUAGGAAUGGACCUAGACUAACACAUCUCUUUUUUGCAGAUGACUCAUUAAUAUUUUGUAAGGCAGACACCAAGCAUGCAGAGGAGCUAAGGAGGAUCCUGGAGGCCUAUGAAAGGAGCUCGGGACAGGUGAUCAACCUUGAGAAGUCUUCUGUCUUCUUCAGCAAAAACAUGGAACAUAGCAAAAAAAUAGAAGUAUGCUGCAGAUUGGGAAAUAUCCAAAUGGUCAACCAAGGCAAGUACCUGGGUCUUCCAAUGGUGAUAACAAGAACGAAGGACCAAAUCUUUGGUUUCAUCAGAGACAAUAUGAACAAGCAUUUGGGAAGCUGGAAGCAGAAGUUAUUAAGCCAAGCAGGGAAGGAGGUCUUAUUAAAAGCUGUGACUCAAGCAAUGCCUACAUAUGCUAUGUCAUGCUUCAAAUUGCCUCUGAAACUAUGCAAGGAACUGAGUGCAAUGAUGGCAAGGUACUGGUGGGGAGACAAUGAUGGAAAGGAUAAGAUGCAUUUAUGCUCAUGGAAGAGAAUAACUCAAGCAAAGAACCAGGGAGGACUUGGUUUCAAAGAUUUGGUCAACUUCAACAGAGCUUUGCUAGGCAAACAGAUAUGGAGAAUGCUUGUUAAUCCAAAUCUGCUUGCCUCCAAGGUCCUGAAAGCCAAAUACUAUCCUACUGGUUCCAUUUUCAAGAGCAAGUGCCCUCAGAAUGCUUCCUGGAUCUGGCAGAGCCUAAGGGGAGCUACGCAGCAGGUGGAGGAUGGCACCUGGAAGAAAAUUGGAAAUGGCCUUAGCACUGAUAUUUGGGAGGAUAAGUGGAUAGUAGGAAACAAAGAGGGAAGACCCUCAACAACUAAACCUCCAGAAUGCAAAGUGCAGAAAGUUCAGGACUUAAUCACUCAUAGGAGAUGGAAUAGAGUGGUAGUGCUCCGAACGUUCAAUGGAAGGGAUGCAGAAAAGAUCUUAAGCAUUCCCAUCAGUUUAGCAGGAAAGGAAGAUAGCAAUUUCUGGAUACAUUCUCCAACGGGGCAAUACACAGUGAACACGGGCUACAAGGUUCUAAUGAAAGAAAAGGAAAUCCGGGAAAGGAAUGGUUAUGAUGGAGCAGGUACAAGCCGACACAGUUCAUCAAAGCAGAUGUGGACUUGCCUUUGGAAAUUAAACAUCAAGCACAAACUGAAGACCUUCAUGUGGAAAUGCAUAAACAAUGCUCUCCCAGUCAAUGAAGUAAUCUUUAGUAGAACGCAAAAAGGAGAUCCCAUCUGUAAAGUCUGUGGGGAGGGGGUGGAAACUGUGGACCAUGCACUCUUGAACUGCAGACAGGCCAAGCAAGUAUGGCAGAUAGCUCCAGUGCAAUGGGAGGGGGCUAGGGAGAAACAAGGCUGUUUCAAGGACUGGUGGAAUGAAAUUGCAGGAGCCAGAUCUAGACAGGCUGGUGAUGAACAUCUGGGUCUAACGGUGAAUAUCUUAUGGCAAAUAUGGAAAAGUAGGAAUGAGUGGGAAUUCAACAACAACCAAAGGCAUGCCUUGAAAACAAUUCAGACAGCUCAAGAGGAGUGGAUAGAGUUUUGUGAAGUGUACAAAGACAAAGAGCAAUUGAGCACAGUAGAAACAGCUGCAAACCAGUUUCAAGGAGUAGAAGUAGAGGAUGCAGAGGUGGUCCAAGUGAAGAUUGCAGCUCUAAGGAACCCGAACAGUAAUGAGGUGGGAAUAGGGGUGACUGCUAUGUCAAAAGGAAAUGUGGUGGUGGCGGCUUGGGCAAUGCAUGAAAGAAGCUACAACUGUCCACAAUUGGACGAAGCUGAGGCUAUCAAGCUAGCUAUGAGUAAGUUAGCAGUCAAAGGCUGGAGGAAAGUCAUCAUACAGAGCUGCAACAAGCAACUCAUUCAGCAAAUCUGUUCCGGAAGAGCUUCCAAUAUCAAACUGAAUACUCUAGUUGAUGAUAUUCUAAGCCUGAAAGCUCUGUUUCGUAUGUGCUCGUUUUGUGCAAUUUCUAAAGUUGAUAAUCAUAUUAGCAUUAAAGUUGGAGACUAUGCAUUAGGCAUUAUUCAUGAUGAGGAAUGGUUCAAUCCUCUGUGCUGUUGA